AUGAGUUCUUCAGAGUUUUUUACGGAUAUCUUUGAGGAGGAGGCGCGGUAUGUGGGGAAGGCACUUCUUGCAGUGACGGCCGUGGGUUAUUUGGCGUCUCAGGCUGACGGAUCGACACUCUUUGGCCGGGAUGACGUGCAGUACGCCAUUGAUGCUUACCUGCCACAGGGAUACGACCGAGGCAUCAUGGCCUCCAGGGCCAACCAGCGCCUUGCGAAGAAUCUCAUUGUGAAGCGGCUUCAGAUCAACACUGUGAAAGAACAGGUUCGGGUUGCUGCUGGACGCGAGGCAAAGUUAAGCGGUCUCUUUGAACUGUUCACUUUGUCACUUGCUGGUAUUCUUUCUGCGGCGCACGUCCAUAGUUUGAUCAUUACACUCCAUGUCAUUAAAAACAUGACGUUGGUGUUGGUUUAUGUUCUGAGAAAAAGAGAGGCGAAACAGGGCUCACGCGGUGGGACGGUGGUAUCAACACUUCGCUCCUGGUGGUCAGGUGGCACUCAGAACUUUAUCAUGAAGGCAUUUGUUGAAAAAUUACAACAACACCUGGAGAAGUCCCCUUUUGCAGAAAACAUGGAUGAGGAUACGAUGGGAGUAGGGGAUGGACCACGUUGUCUCUCUGUAGAGGCCAUAUUGAAGUUGACGAUUCCUCGCUGCGUGGAUGCAGCCAUACAGGCCGUAAGGACCGCGUUGAAUCAUCGUGCACCACAUGUGUUUAGUGUGACCGGCAUCGUGACAGGAAGGGAUGUACGGGAAUUACUGGAUGAGUUGAGUCAAGACUUUGAAUCCCAUCUGAUGUGGUCGGAUUGGCUCACACCAAAGCCAUCGUCGCCAUCAUCGUCUGCAUUGUUAUUUUCUACACAAGAGCAGCUGCCGUCGUUGGGGACGAGCAACGGUGGAAUCCAACACAAGGAUGCGGUCUCAUCCGAUUCAGAUGCUGACGACGAUGUCUUUAACUUCCCUGCGGGAUCGACUGCGGUGCUGCCGGAUGGUUUUUCCGCGUCAAAACGAAUGCAGCGGGAUCGUGCCUUUUUGGAGACUGUGUUUGGGCCUUCAUCGGAGGAGGGUCCAGAGGCACGUGCCGCCCGCGAGGAGGAGCUGCGCUGCGAGCAACUGGCUCGGGAUCAGUCGGCGGGUUUCUUUUUCGAAUUGAUACACAGCGAUUCAUUUAGCGCGAUGUGCGUCGCACACGCCGCGGAGGUGCUGGAGGAAAUCAGAAAAUUAGCUGCGGACUUGCGGCGCGUUGGCUCGUACGACGUGGCCACGGACUCUGCCAAGACGGUGCACGUGAUUACAUCUUUUGAGCAUUACCGUCUGCAGCUUUUAGACCGCGAUUUCAAAGUUCCACCGUACCUGCGGUUGUUUUGUGAGGAGACGGUGAGGGCAACAUGUGGCAAACCAUGA